CCAGAAGCGGGAGGUUGCUUAGCAGAGGCAGGCAGGCAGGCGCGCGCGCGGGGUUGUGCGCGCGCAGUCAACCGUCUUUUCGCGCUCGCGGUCGCUCCGGCUUCCCCCCCCCCACUCUUUCCCCCACCCCCCCGCAGGGGAGGGAGGAGUGAAAGGUCUCACCGGGGAAGGGUCGUCGCUGGAGGCCUCCCCCUCCCCAACUUCCAAAUCGGGGGCAAGCGGAGGGCUUUGCCUGUCCCGCCUUUUGAGAGGCCCCUUUUUGAGGGGCGCCUCUUGUGGAAAGAAAGCAUGGGGAGGAGGUGCUGGGGCCCCCCACGCUCGCAUUUCGUAGCUGUGGGGUUUUAUGAAGCGGGGUGGGGGAGAAGGUAGAGGAACUUUACCUUGGGGGGGGGGUUGUGUGUGUGUGGUUGUGAGAAGGAGUCCCGCCUGCCCAGAGGAGCUGCUCAAGAGGGUCAAGUUUCUCGGAGACCCCCUCAAACUUCUCCCGAAGUGGAAAAAAAUCCCCCUUCGUUUUCCCAUCCUAAUUUUGAGGGGGGGGGGUGGAUUUGGAAGAUUGGAUUGGUUUCGAUAUUCUUUUCAGCCGGGACUGGGGUGGACUUCCUCCCUGAGCCAUUAAGAAAAAACUGUGUGAAAGGAAGGCUUUUUGAAUGGGAAGGGAAGGUUACAUGGAUUCGUGUUUUUUUGGAAGAAGAAAAUUCUGAGCCUUCCCUGUGCGAAGCAGCCAACCUUCCCUAUUUCCCGUGAAGGCAAAAACAAAAGGGAUUCUUUGGGGGAGAAACAUUGAAUGAAAAGGGUUUUUUUUCCCUCCUCCGAUUUGAGGGACCCCCCUCCUACUUGGACGUGAAAAACGGAGAGGAGACAGACCUUCAGGACGCCUUCCAAAAUGCUGCCUCUUCAGGCUUAGUCUGCAAAAAGAGAGAGAGAGAGACUUCUUUUGCAGCAGAGAAGUGAUUUCAGGUGCUCUCUUCCAUAGGGAGGAAAUUCUAUCCUAUAUGGCAUCCGGGAUAUAAAAAUAUACUAGAGGCCUAACCUUUGGAAUAAAAAUCUGACAUCGCGCUUAAGAAGGGGGGUUGACACCCUGCACAUCUUCCAGAUUGUUUCCUUGUUCCCUGGCUGCUGCUGCUGCUUUUAAUGUCUUCCGAGAUGUCAGAGCUUAGGAGGCGAGGAGGUGGUGGAGAUCAUGAAAGAGAAAGCAUGGGGGACAAGGAUAUAGAUGAAGAUGAAAAAUUUGGAGAACAGGACGUCAGAAAUGAUUCAGAAGUUCCUGAAGUUGUCCCGGCAACAGACAGCACUCCAGAAAUUUUUAAAAGGGCUCUUUCUGGCUUAUCUUCCAGAUGGAAGAACUGGUGGAUUCGUGGAAUUUUAACUUUAGCAAUGAUUUCAGGUUUCUCCCUCAUUAUAUACAUGGGAUCAUUUAUGCUGAUGCUGCUUGUCUUAAGCAUUCAAGUCAAGUGCUUUCAUGAAAUCAUCACUAUAGGUUAUAGAGUAUAUCGAUCUUACGACCUACCGUGGUUUAGAACAUUAAGCUGGUACUUCUUGUUAUGCGUGAACUAUUUCUUUUAUGGUGAGACAGUAGCAGAUUACUUUGCUACUUUUGUUCAGAGACGAGAACAACUUCAAUUCCUAAUUCGCUACCACCGAUUUAUAUCUUUUACACUUUAUCUGGCAGGGUUUUGUAUGUUUGUAUUGAGUUUGGUGAAGAGACAUUAUCGCUUACAGUUUUAUAUGUUCGCAUGGACUCAUGUCACUUUGCUGAUAACUGUAACCCAGUCUCAUCUUGUCAUCCAGAAUCUGUUUGAAGGCAUGAUCUGGUUUCUUGUUCCAAUCUCAAGUGUCAUUUGCAAUGAUAUUGCUGCUUAUAUAUGUGGAUUCUUCUUUGGCAGAACACCAUUAAUUAAGCUCUCUCCCAAAAAAACCUGGGAAGGCUUCAUUGGUGGCUUCUUUAUCACAGUUAUAUUUGGAUUUAUUGUUGCUCAUCUUCUGGCACAAUACCAGUACUUUGUAUGUCCUGUGGAAUAUAACAGUGAAACUAACAGGUUUGUCACAGAAUGUGAACCAUCAGAACUUUUCCAGCUAAAGAAAUACUCCUUACCACCAUUGCUUCAAGUUGCUCUGAGAAAGGAAACUGUGACAUUGUACCCAUUCCAGAUGCACAGCUUUGCAUUAUCAACAUUUGCAUCUUUAAUUGGGCCAUUUGGAGGUUUUUUUGCUAGUGGAUUCAAAAGAGCUUUCAAAAUCAAGGAUUUUGCUGAUACUAUUCCUGGCCAUGGUGGAAUAAUGGAUCGUUUUGAUUGUCAGUACUUGAUGGCUACUUUUGUACAUGUCUACAUUACCAGUUUCAUAAGAGGCCCGAAUCCCAGCAAACUGCUGAAACAACUCUUGGUCCUCCAGCCAGAGGAGCAAUUAAAUAUUUAUAAAACUUUGAAAUCACAUCUCAUCGAGAAAGGAUUCCUCCAACAUCCCUGAGAAGCUAGGAGGACUGAAGGAUGGACUACAAAAGUGAAGCCUAGCCAGGAAUGCAAUUCUGCUUCUGAAGAGAGAGGUGUGUGGGAAUCAAGCCAGCCUGUGUCCAAAGAUAUGACUGUUUACGGAGGAUACUGUGAACACCCAGGAUGCCAUCAAGGUUUUAAGUUUUUUUUAACAACUGCAUGUUUUUGCAAUAAUUUAUAUCCUUGACUUAAUGGAAUGAGACUUCUUGCUUUGGUCUUAACUGUUCUGUUCUGAGCAAUGAUGCACAUACUCUUAGUAAAUAAAAGUUAAAGAAACAAUUAGGGUGUGUAGUUCAUAAAAAAAGGUAGCCCCUCAUUUAGUGCAGUGAUAUUAAUGACACCAGUUCAGUGAAUGGCAUUAUGUAAGACAGUGUUGGUAUCUCAGUUAUUUGAUAGUAUAACUUAAGUAACAACCAAAUGGCAAUAGAAGCUGUUUUGCCACCCCCCCAAAAAAAGCAGGGAAAUGGGCAAAUUUGUAUCUUUUUUAGGUUUCUCAGGUUGACUGUGUUUGUAAUGAAAAAACAAAACAAAACCCAAUAGGUAUGUAUUGGGGGGAGAGGAGUCUAGUGGAAGGGUGCAGGCUUUUAGGGUUAUCUUCUCUGUGGGACUGAAAGUGAUUGGAUGCCCCUUAACGGAAUCAUAGUCAUCUAGUUACAUGAGGGGUGGCCUGCAUUUUCCCAAGCAAGUUCCAUUCAGAGCUUUUGAGCGGGCUCUUAAGAAACGCGCCUGCAAAUGUUCAGAUAUGUUAAUUGUUUUGUGUCUUUUAUGGCAAGGGUCUCCAGCCUUGGCAACUUUAAGCCUGGAGGACUUCAACUCCCAGAAAACUGGGAGUUGAAGUCCUCCAAGCUUAAAGCUGCCAGGGUUGGAGACCCCUAUUUUAUGGUAAGUGCAAUAGAAGUGCUCUCUUGGCAAUUUCAGGAAGUACAGAGCCUCGAUUCAGUGUGGUUUUCUACCUUUAUGGGAGGAUUUGUGUAUCCAUCAUCUUAACCUGGAAGGUCUUGGCCAAUCACAUUGGAGUCUUCAAACCCGCGUCACCUGCCCUGUCUGAGAUGUGCUCCAUUUUAUUCAGACUUUCCUUGAGCCUUGCAUAAACUCUCACAUUUUAAAGAGUUCCUUCAUCUCUUCAGUUCUUCUGCAUGAUUUCUGUUAUCAUGUCAUAAUCCACACACCUUAUUUUUAAGUUCAAAUAACAGUAAGUGGAAAGCCAAAAAUUAGAGUAUGAAUGUGACUUGACUAAAUAGGAUGUAAGGCAAUCAACAGCUGCAGUCUUUGCAGACUUCCUUUGCUUAUGCAAAUGAAGGGAGCAGCACAAAAGCUCAGUUUACUUAAUUGGAUUGGGCAAGAUAAUUUCUAGAGGAUUGUUCCCUACAAAUUUAAUUUGAAUGUUAAUUUUCUUUGCAGUGAGCAUUCUUCUUAUUUUUGUAGGGUUUUUAAGGCAGCUGGCUUAACCCCUGUUUUUGCCUUGCUUUGUUUACCUUUUUAAAGCGGGUUUUGUGGAAUCGCCUGUCCCUCUUUGACUUCCAAAAUAAUGAAACCUGUCUGUUUGAUUUUCAGCAAUAGUAAGAUUACUCCGGACAAGGCAGACAUCCAAUAGAUUCAGACUAAUGUUAUCAACUGAAACUGCUGCAAAUGAGGAACAUUGCCACUAUUUAAACCCUGGGGAUUCCUUGCAACAUUUCUUUAGAAACAGGGAAGCAGCAGUAGUGUUUGUCCUGCCUGUAUUGCUCCAUUCUUAGCAAAAGCUGAUUAUAAUACAGGAUUCACUGAAGUUUUCCCCUUCAGCCAUUGUCUUUGGCCCUCCUAGUACUUGCAGCAGCUGUGAUUCUUUAGGCUGGCACAAAGCGGCCCUGAGGCUGGGUUCAGAAUCGUUGCUUGAACACCCAAAGACACCUUUGCCAUGCUGAGAAAUCUGUAAGGAACUGGGGUUCUCUGAAUAUGUCCAUUGUUCAGGCCACUUACAUCCAUUCUUUUUUCUUUUCAAUUGUGAGGGCCAUAAGAUCAGAGAAGAGCCAUCCUUAUAGCCGUGCUUUUGGUCAGGCAGUGCCAGAGGUAGAUCGCAAGAUCUGCCGAGACUACUUAACGCCUUUGGGAUGAGGCUAUCCAGCUACUCAUCUCUGAAACCUGCCUGGUUAGGUGCCAUUUCUUCCGGUUGCAUAAAAUACUUGUUUGGUAGGGAUUGUACAGAAUGAAUCCUGUGGCUUGGCAUUCCAUGCCUUCCUUUUAUGUUCAGCGAGGUGUGGGGUGGAAGGAGGAUUUUAAAUGGGAUUCCUGUGUAGGUGAAACAUUGGAUUUCUAAAGUGAUACUACCAACAAGUAGGAUAGAGCCCAACGGACAUGGCCGUUUAAGAAGGAAAAGCAGGGCAAAAAAGACCAUACCUAACAAGAGAUGCUGGCAUUGGGUUAAAGAUUUAGUAGGAAUAUUUGCACUGAACACGCUAGUCAUUGUAGGUCUAUAAAAAAAUAAGACUUAAAAAGUUUUCUUUAGAAAACAUGCUACUUAUUCCAUCUUGAUGGUGAAUCAUAAAAAUAUGUAAAGUUCAGUUUUAAUAUAACAUUGCAAUUUGGGGGGUUAUGUUUGUAAUUUUUUAAUAUAUAUUUUUUAAUUUAAAUUUGUUUGUAUUUAAGCAACUGAACGCAAAUGAAUUAAAGCAGUCAGCUUUGUUUGCACUAAUAAGAGACACCACUAUGUAAUGCUGCUAUUCCUUCAAUUGAAAAAGCCUUCUUGAUGAUGUUAGUUGCGCUCUAGCAUCAACAAACGUUUAGGAUGUCUUUUAAAUAAAACACUUUUUGGUGACAAUGUAAGAAUAACCUAAUAAACUGCUGCAAAAUGAUUUCAAAAGGUGUUUAUUAUAUAUGUGCUCACACACACAUAUAUAAGCAGUGCCAAUAAGCCGUUCACAAAGAAUGAGAGUUUUGCUUUAUAGGUUUAGUGAAAGCACUUGGAAAAAUAAAUGUCCCAAUCGUAUUGGCUGAAUUAGAAUGUGUACUGGAUGUCUCUUUUAAGGAUACAACUCAGCUUUAGGUUUUUCUUUCUGUUGUACGCAGUUAGAAGUUUUCAACAACCCCUAUUCUAACAGUGUGAUCCAAAGGAAACUCUUCGCUAAUGUCUGCCUUUUAAUUUGCACUUUUCAGUAAAACACCUCCACUUGCUUAGCAAAAUUGUGCAUACUGUAAAUGUUUGAACAUUGAGAUGUGUUUUGACUAUUUUGUAGAACUGAGCUGGAGAUAAUAAAGCUCUGCUGAAAAAAACAACA